AUGACCACCGAGAGCGGCCAGCAGCAGCAGCCGCCGCCGCAGCCUCCGCGCCCGCCAACCCCGCCGGCUCCUCCGCGCCGCCCUCGCAGCCCGGCUCCCGGGGCGCUUCGCACGGCCUUGAUGAACCAGCCGCCCCUCUCCUCCGCCCCGUCCUCCGCCGCCGCCCUGGAGGCCUCCUCCUCGUUGUCCUCGUCCUCCUCCUCCUCCUCCUCCUCCUCCUCGUCCACCUCCUCCGCGCCCUCGUCCUCGUCCAGCGCAUCCUCCGCCUGCAAGGGGGCCGGCGGCGGGGGCGGGGGCGGCGGCGGCGGCAGCGGGGGCAAGAAGGCGACCUCAGGGCUGCGGCGGCCCGAGAAGCCCCCCUAUUCGUACAUCGCCCUGAUCGUCAUGGCCAUCCAGAGCUCGCCCAGCAAGCGGCUGACCCUCAGCGAGAUCUACCAGUUCCUGCAGGCGCGCUUCCCCUUCUUCCGCGGCUCCUAUCAGGGCUGGAAGAACUCGGUGCGCCACAACCUGUCGCUCAACGAGUGCUUCAUCAAGCUGCCCAAGGGCCUGGGCCGCCCGGGCAAGGGCCACUACUGGACCAUCGACCCGGCCAGCGAGUUCAUGUUCGAGGAGGGCUCGUUCCGUCGCCGGCCCCGCGGCUUCAGGAGGAAGUGCCAGGCGCUCAAGCCCGUGUACCACCGCAUGGUCAGCGGGCUGGGCUUCGGCGCCUCUCUGCUGCCGCAGCCCUUUGACUUUCAGCCGCCCCCCUCGGCCCCGCUCGGCUGCCCCGCCCAGAGCGGCUACGCGGGGCUCGACGUGAUGCCCGGAGCCUACGACGCCGGCGCCCCCGGCCACACGCACCCGCACCACCACCACCACCACCAUCACCACCACGUCCCGCACGCGUCCCCCGCCCCGGGCUCCUCCUACGUGGUCGGCUGCCCCGGGCCCGCCGCGGCCGGGGGAGCCGCGGGGGCGCCGCCGGGGAGCGCCGGCGGAGGAGGAGGAGGAGGAUACGGGCCGGACAGCAGCAGCAGUCCCCUGCCCUCGUCACCGGCCAUGGCAAGCGCCAUCGACUGCCACUCGCCCUACCCGAGCCCCGCGGCGCACUGGAGCUCGCCCGGCACCACCCCCUACCUCAAGCAGCCCCCCACCCUGCCCCCCAGUGGCAACACCCCCGCCGCCCUCCACUCCAACAUGGCCUCCUACUCCCUCGACCAGAGCUACCUGCAUCAGAACGGCCGCGAGGACCUCUCAGUGGGCCUGCCCCGUUACCAGCACCACUCGUCCCCUGUGUGUGACAGGAAAGAUUUCGUCCUCAACUUUAAUGGCAUUUCCUCCUUUCAUCCUUCGGCCAGCGGAUCUUAUUAUCACCAUCACCACCAUCAGAGUGUCUGCCAGGAUAUUAAACCUUGUGUCAUGUGAAUGCAUGGAAAGGACAAUAUGGUGACUGUUUGGUCUGGCGGGUGUAAGAGUCGAGGUAUAGGUGGAUUCACGAGGCAAAACGUAAGGUGCAGUCUACCAACAUGAAUAGGAUACAAGCCCCUAAGGAAACGUUGUUUACUCUUGUUUUCUAGCAGUCCUUGCAGGGAAUGUUCAGAUCUGGUGGAGAAGAGGAAGUCAAAGAGAAAAAGAGGGAAGAGGCAAUUAUUUCCCAAUUAAAGAGUUUUAAAACUACCCAGAUGAAUAGUAAAAUCUAUAGGGUUGCAUUUUUCAUUGCCUUUAAGGAGUUGGAGUCAGAGACGGAGAUAGUCCGUUAUUUUUCUAUGAAACUUGAGUGGAAAAAUAAAGCUCAACUAAGCACAAAUAAUACAAGAAGCCCUGUUUUUGUUGUUUGCUGUUGUUGCUGUUGUUUCCGGGUUAAUUCGGAGGGUUCUUUUUUCUUUUCAAAUAUUAUUUUUGGACAACAGUGUCAAUCAAUAUUAAAGUAUUUAGAAAUUUCGUGUCUAGUUUAAGAAAGUCGGUGUUCAGUAUUGCGACAAUACAACGUUUUUACAAGGUUGUUUUCUACCACAUUUA